AUGCAGGGAGCCAAUUACUCAGAAGUUACUGAAUUCAUCCUCAUUGGCUUCUCCACCUUCCCCCACCUUCAGAUGAUGUUCUUCCUGCUGUUCCUGCUGAUGUACCUGUUCACGCUGCUGGGUAACCUGCUUAUCAUGGUAACCAUCUGGAGUGAACACAGCCUGCACACACCCAUGUACCUCUUCCUGUGUGCCCUCUCCAUCUCUGAGAUCCUCUACACUUUUGCCAUCAUCCCACGCAUGCUGGCUGACCUGCUCUCCAUCCAUCACUCCAUCACUUUCUUGGCCUGUGCAAACCAGAUGUUCUUCUCCUUCACAUUCGGCUUCACUCACUCAUUUCUACUCACUAUCAUGGGCUAUGACCGCUACGUGGCCAUCUGCCACCCCCUGCGCUAUAACAUGCUCAUGAGCCCCCAGGGCUGUGCCUGCCUGGUAGCCUGGUCCUGGGCUGGUGGCUCAAUCAUGGGAAUGGUGGUGACAACAGCCAUUUUCCACCUUACCUUCUGUGGACCUAAUGAGAUCCACCAUUUUGCUUGCCAUGUGCCACCUCUCUUGAAGUUGGCCUGUGGAAAUGGCGUACCAGUAGUAGCCAAGAGUGUGGGUCUAGUGUGUAUCAUGGCCCUGCUUGGCUGCUUUCUCCUCAUACUACUCUCCUAUAUCUUCAUUGUAGCCACCAUCUUGAAUAUCCCAUCAGUUGAGGGUCGACACAAAGCCUUCUCCACCUGUGCAUCCCACCUCACUGUGGUGGUUGUGCACUAUGGCUUUGCCUCUGUCAUCUACCUCAAGCCCAAGGGUCCUCAGUCUCUGGAGGGUGACACCUUGAUGGGCAUUACAUAUACAGUCCUCACUCCAUUCCUCAGCCCCAUCAUCUUCAGUCUUAGGAACAAGGAGCUGAAAAAUGCAAUGAAAAAGACUUUCCUCAGCAAAUUCUACCCAGAAAAAAUGUAAUGAUCUGAGAUAAACUACUUGGGAAAAACCAGGUUGGGUAACCAAAUUCUAUUAGAAAUGACACCUCUGUUAGAAAUGAGCAUAUACUAAGUUAUGUUUGAUGCUUUAAGGUUUAUAGCAACAUUUGUUGACUACCCACAAAUGUUUUCACAUGAUUAAUCAACAUCAGAGAUUUAUUUGGAAAAUAGGGAUAUAUGAAAUAAUAACCCAGAAAAUAAUAAUUGAUUAUUUCUACCUGCAGCAGGACACAUUCUCAAUUAGCUACAAACCUGGAAUCUGUUUUCCUCCUGCUGAAACUCAAGGCCAUCUACUACUGCCAACAAUACAUACCCAUAAAGGAAAAAAAUAGAAGACUUCAUGCCCUACUUUCUUUUUUUCUUUUUUUGACAGGCAGAGUGGACAGUAAGAGAGAGAGACCAAGAGAAAGGUCUUCCUUUGCCAUUGCCGUUGGUUCACCCUCCAAUGGCCGCUGCGGCCGGCGUGCUGCAGCCGGCGCACCAUGCUGAUCCGAUGGCAGGAGCCAGGUACUUAUCCUGGUCUCCCAUGGGGUGCAGGGCCCAAGGACUUGGUUCAUCUUCCACUGUUUUCCCAGGCUAUAUCAGAGAGCUGGAUCAGAAGUGGAGCACCUGGGACUCGAACCAGCACCCAUAUGGGAUGCCAGCACUGCAGGUGGUGACUUUACCCACUACACCACUGCACCAGCCCUUCACUCUCUUCUUAAAAUAGGUCUAGUAGGUCCUAACAGCAAGGAAACUGAUCUUUCUCCAAACAUCCUAACAUCCUUAUAAAAUUUUCUGGCACAGGAGGGCAAGUGAAAUUUAUUAUAUAGUGGACGAUACAUCCUUGGAAUAGUGAUGGAAUGUUUCUAUAACUCAUAAUCUUUUGUUACUAUAAAAUAAGGUUUAUUCUUUUUUUCAAAGAUUUAUUUUAUUUAUUUGAAAUACAGAGUUACAGAGAGAGGAAGAGACAGAGAGAGAGGUCUUCCAUAUGCUGGUUCACUCCCCAGAUGGCAUCAACAACUGGAGCUGCACUGAUCUGAAGACAGGAGCCAGGAGCUUCUUUCAGGUCUCCCAUGAGGGUGCAGGGGCCCAAGUACUUGGACCAUCUUCUAC